CCCCCCCCCCCCCCCUUCAACAUGUCCGCCCAUCUAAAGAAGUGAGGAUUUAGCUUCCUAACUUCCUCUCAGGUUCGUCUCCCCCCCCCUUCCAAAACCCCAGAUCUGGUGUCUGCAGGUGGGCCGUGCUGAUGCAAGAUGGCGGCCGGCGUGGCGACAUGGCUUCCGUUUGCGCGCGCCGCGGCGGUGGGCUGGCUGCCGCUGGCCAAGAAGACCAUGCCCAAGCCCCCCGUGGACAAGUCCUCCAAGUCAGACGAGAUCCUGUACGUCAACGUCAGCGGCGUCAGGUUCCAGACAUGGAAGAACACUCUGGACCGCUAUCCGGAGACGCUGCUAGGUUCUUCGGAGAAAGAGUUCUUCUACAACGAGGAAACGCAGGAAUUCUUCUUCGACCGAGACCCCGAAAUGUUCCGGCACAUUCUGAACUUCUACCGCACGGGGAAGCUCCACUACCCCCGCAACGAGUGCAUCCAGGCCUUCGACGAGGAGCUGGCCUUCUACGGCAUCGUGCCCGAGAUCAUCGGAGACUGCUGCAUGGAGGAGUACCGCGACAGGAAGAAGGAGAACCAGGAGCGUCUGGCGGAGGACACCGAGGCCAAUGAGGCGAUGGACGCCCCGCUGCCCCCCCACAGCACGUCCCGGGAGCGUCUGUGGCGAGCCUUCGAGAACCCGCACACCUCCACCAUGGCGCUGGUCUUCUACUACGUCACGGGCUUCUUCAUCGCCGUGUCGGUCAUCGCCAACGUGGUGGAGACGGUGCCGUGCCGGCCCCUCAAGGGAAGCGUCCGGGACCUGCCCUGCGGCGAGAAGUACCAGCUGGCGUUCUUCUGCAUGGACACGGCGUGCGUGCUGAUCUUCACCUUCGAGUACCUGAUGCGUCUGUUCGCCGCGCCGAGCCGCUGCAAGUUCAUGCGCUCGGUGAUGUCGGUGAUCGACGUGGUGGCCAUCAUGCCGUACUACAUCGGCCUGGUGAUGCCGGAGAACGAGGACGUGAGCGGCGCCUUCGUCACGCUCCGCGUCUUCCGCGUCUUCCGGAUCUUCAAGUUCUCGCGGCACUCGCAGGGUCUGAGGAUCCUGGGCUACACGCUGAAGAGCUGCGCCUCGGAGCUGGGCUUCUUGCUCUUCUCCCUCACCAUGGCCAUCAUCAUCUUCGCCACCGUCAUGUUCUACGCCGAGAAGGGCACCAAGGGCUCCACCUUCACCUCCAUCCCCGCCUCCUUCUGGUACACCAUCGUCACCAUGACUACGCUCGGGUGA